AUGCAGUAUGCCGAAGGGUCAACACUGCCGGUGGCAGCGGCAGACAAGUUGGACAAGCUUGUGGAGAUUUUGGAGGAGGAGAAAAAGAAUAAUCGUGGCUUGUUCCGCACACUAAUUUUCGUGCAGACCAAACGAACGGCCGAUGCUGUUGCCUUGAACCUUGCGCAACGUGACAUACCUUCAACCAGCAUUAAUGGUGAUCGUGACCAGAGGCAGCGUGAGGAGGCUCUACGAGAUUUUCGAACUGGUGCAGUUAAAGUACUUGUUGCCACCGAUGUAUGUGCUCGCGGACUGGAUGUGAAAGAUCUUGAACAUGUAAUCAACUAUGACAUGCCGCAUGACCGAGUGACGUACGUCCACCGCAUCGGUCGCACCGGGCGUCUGCACGAAGGCAAAGCAACAUCUUUGAUCGAUCCUGUCCGCGACAACGUCAUCAUCGAUUCGAUCGUGAAGGUUUCUGGUUCAAUCAUAUACGUGGUGCAAGAGGUGCAGCAGGUCCCGCCUCAGUUCAUGCUUGACUUAGCUCGAGGAUAUGGUUCACUGCGCCAGACUGGUUUUGGAUCCGGCGGUUUUUCCAGCGGCACAGGUGGCGACGGCUUUUCGAAAGGUUCCUCGAAAAGUGAAAGUGAGUUUUCCCUAAUUAUUAAGUUUUUCUCCGAUACGCAACGCGAAUUGUUUUAA